AGAACUUGGCACUUCUGACAGCUGCACUGAGAUGAAACGACUUCUACAACAACUCUAAAGGAGAUCAGAAGGGGAAAACCUACGAAAACAUUAGUAAAGGAAGAAAAGACUUAAACGUAAAAUCACUUGGGAUGAAAGUAAGCACUUUGUGAACAUCACAGUGGCAUUUUCUUUGAAAAAAUUGUGGGUUUUUUUUUUUUUUUUUCCUUUUGUAUUAGUUUUACAGGCACGGGUAGAAGCAACACAGUGGACAGACACGCUGCUGUAUUUAUUCCUUUGUCUUCGGGUGCUGGUGAGCUGCCUGCCAGGUACCAGAACUGGGAGGUGAGGCAGGAGCGGUGGCUCACAGCGCUGUGUAGGUACACACCAGACCUUCAGCACGGACUGGGGGCACGGGGGAGCACGGAAACAUCUGGCAGCCCCACUAAUUCCCGAUAAAACGCGUCGUAUGCCCCCCUCCUGUGUUGGGUGGCAAUGCUGGGCACUGAGAACCAGCCGCGCUCGGCGGCGUGGCGAGGGUAAACAGGGAAGAGCUGGUGAUGGCAGGGAUAACUGUGAGGUGUCGGUGUGUCAGCCGAGCGAGACAGAGGAAAUGACUCAGAAAACCAUGAGCUGCUUAACGCUGGCUGAGGAGCACGCGUCGCCCUCGGUUUGAAUUACAGCACAAGCACCGAAUUGUCUUCCCUCGGCCGGCGUGCAUGCCCAUCUCAGAGCCGGGGUGACCCUGCCCUGCAGCAGAGGUGCGGGCGGGGGUCCGGCCGAGGCUCCCGCGGGCGGGGGAGCGGCGGGGCGGGGCGGCCCCGGCCCCUCGCAGAGCUCCCCAGCGCCCGCCGUGCGCGCCGCCCUCGCCGCUGAUGCAAUCCGAGCCCGGCAGCGCCAGUCCGAGCGGCAGCAGCCCCGGCACCGCCAGUCCCAGCAGCAGCAGCCCCGGCAGUCCCAGCAGCAGCAGCCCCAGCCGGCCCCCAUCCCGCGCUUCGCCGCUGUGUCCGCCCCCGGAGCUCGGCUCCAUCCCGCCCAGAGCCCGGCAGGAACAUCAGCCCUUGCCUGGCAGCAUGAUCAAGGGCUGCCAGAAUGAGUGCACAGGUGGAGGGUGUUCAGGAGACACAGGAAAGCAAGUGACUGAAUCUUUCAAGGCUUCUGACUUGAUUAUCACCCCAGCUACAACGUUCAAGGAAAAACCAGACCCCACUGGUUUGGUGUUUGGAACCGUGUUCACUGAUAACAUGCUGACAAUUGAAUGGUCCUUGGCCUCAGGAUGGGAGAAACCCUAUAUUAAGCCACUAGAGAACCUCUCAUUACAUCCAGCCUCCUCAGCCCUGCAUUAUGCUGUAGAAUUGUUUGAAGGGAUGAAGGCUUACCGAGGAGUGGAUGGCAAAAUCCGCCUGUUCCGGCCCACCCUGAACAUGGACAGGAUGGCACGAUCAGCACGGAGAACAACUCUGCCAUCCUUUGACCAGAACGAGCUGCUGGAGUGCAUCCGUAAGCUUGUGGAGGUGGAGCAGGAGUGGGUCCCAUACUCAACCUCUGCCAGCCUCUACAUCCGUCCUACCCUAAUCGGAACUGAGCCUUCCCUUGGAGUGAAGAAGCCAACUAAAGCCCUGCUGUAUGUCAUACUAAGCCCUGUGGGUGCUUACUUUGCAAGUGGAACCUUUAAUCCAAUAUCCUUGUGGGCAGAUCCAAAAUACGUAAGAGCGUGGAAAGGGGGAACAGGAGACUGCAAAGUGGGAGGGAAUUAUGGUUCUGCUAUUUAUGCCCAGCAAGAAGCCCUGGAGUUUGGCUGCCAGCAGGUUUUGUGGCUCUAUGGAGAAGAUCACCAAAUAACUGAAGUUGGAACAAUGAAUCUGUUUCUCUACUGGGUAAAUGAAGAUGGAGAAAAUGAACUGGCAACGCCACCUUUAGAUGGCAUCAUCCUUCCAGGAGUGACAAGGCAAAGCAUUUUGGAUCUGGCACGCAGCUGGGGAGAAUUUAAAGUGUCAGAACGAUACAUCACCAUGAGUGACCUGACAACUGCCUUGGAAGAGAACAGAGUGAAGGAGAUGUUUGGUGCUGGAACAGCUUGCAUUGUAUGUCCCAUCUCUAAAAUUUUAUAUAAGGGCAAGCACUUGCACAUUCCAACUAUGGAGAAUGGGCCUGAGUUAACAACCCGUUUCCUGAAUAAGCUAAGUGAUAUCCAGUAUGGAAGAGAAGACAGCGAUUGGGCAGUGCUGGUGUCAUGAAGGUGGCAGAGUUCAGAGCCUCCAGCCAGACCUGACAUCUGAAUAAUGACAACUUCUGUAGCUGCCAGUGCGUAGCAUAGUCUCAGUAUCAACUUGCUCCCCAGGAUGAUUGUUUCCACAAUCCAGCAAAUGUGAACACAAUCAUUUUGAUUUCUACUGUAAUCCUGUUGGUAGAAGCCUGUCUUCUUGGUAGAGGUGCUAAAUGUUAGCAAUAGAACUUUCCCAAUGGUUUUCUUAGUGCCUCCUUGUAUACAGUCUGAAAACUUGUAAAAUGCUCUUCAACUGCUCUUCAGUUUGGUUUGUUUACUGCCACCAUCAGCAGAACAUGUGUCACAUGAGGAUGUUGCCUGUUACCUGCCCACAGGGUUCUGUUGACAUAAUUCUGCCUUUUGCUCUGUGUUUGAGAAACAAAGAGGUUCAGCCACACACUCCAUCCUUUCUGCUCUGCUUGUAUGGGACAUUCCUGAGUUUGCAUAGCCUGCUAGAUGCCCACAUACUCUGUCCAACAGCUCUGGCCUUUAGCCCCAAAUUCUCUGAGUCAGUCGAGCCUGUAAGAUGGUCCCUGCUGGCCUGUUGCCCUUCCCUCCACGGGGAUUUGCAGGGCUGCUUGGGCAGUGCAGACCUCUCCAAUAGUUGAGUAAAUCCUUCUAGACAUGGCUGUGUUGGGCCCUGCUGAGAUAGAAAUUCCCCUUUGGCCUGGCAGAGCUGAGCUCUGCACACAGUGUUGCCUUCCACGUGAGUGUUUAGAAAAUGAGAUUAGACAACUUUGGCUGUGAAAACUGAACCAUUCUUCACAGCAACCAAACCUUUGGAUUGAGGAAUUUCCUUCAUCAUACACUCAUGUAAUUUAGGUCAGAAAAAUGGUUUUCUCACCCCUUUCACAUUGCUUAUCCAGCCUCCUUUGACAUGUGUACCGUAGAAGGGCCGUCCUGUUAAGGAACAAGCAGUGUUGUCAACAGAACAGAAAAUGUCUAGAAGGAAAGAGAUUUCAUUCAAACCCUGAUUUCAUUCUGGUUAAGCAGAUAAUUCAUACAAUGCUGCUUUCUCACAUGCAGUCUUGAUACUUUGGAAGCAAUACAGAGCAUGUAGCCCGUGGCUGGGGAAGUAACUUCUGCACAUGUUCACUAACCAUCAUGCUGUAAUAUUUAUUAGCUUUCUCCUUCUGCACACAGCUUUGUUGAACAGCUUUAAGAUACCUCUUGCCAAAAAGGAUAACCAUAUUCUGUAUCAAUGUUCCAAAGUGCUACUUCAGUAUAAAACUGGUGGAACUUUAUUGACACUUUAUUGGAGUCCCAUAAGAAGUAAAAGUGAAACAUUUUUUGUUGUAGCUUGCAGUAGAGGUGCACCAGUAUUAAGGGAAGCAUUUAGCACUUUAAUUUUUUUAAGACCAACAGUAUCUCUCCCAUGCUUAGUAAGUCCUUUGUAGUUACUGGCAUUUGUUAACAUAGUUUAAAAAGGCAAAAUAUAAUUUCUAGUGGACCAUCCAUGCCUUACACAGCUGUUAAAGAGCAGCCUUAUGGCUUCCUGUUCAUUUUUGGUCACAUUUUGAAGUCCCCUCCUUAGCCAUCACUUUUGUCUGCUCCCUCAGAUUAUGAUUUUUCCUGUCUUUGACUGCAGUCCAAUCUGAUCUUUUAAUGAAGAACAGUUGAAGGUUCUCUCUGACAAUGUAACUAUUGUUAAAAAUUGAUGGAUAAUUUUUUCUUUAGUCUUUAAUUGCAAGCACAAAAUGUUGUUUCACUUAACAGUAGCCAUAGUGUUGUGACCAUUUGAAUUUGUAUCAUGUGCUGGUCUUUGUCCAGUAUCUUAUGUGUUACAAGCUGCUGGUAGUCUCCUUUAUUUCAUUUAUUUAAUUAGAUGGCUGGAAAAACUAACAUUGGGAAUAUGUCUAGAUGCAGUAUGGGGUAGAGAGUUUUAUCCAACAAGACCAGUGUGGAAAUUAAAGAGUGCCUUUAACCAGAGUGUGGCAUGCAGCUCUCUAAAGAUUAUGUAAUGAGCAACCAUUUAUGGCUUACUUGUACUGUCUAAUUUCCUUUAAGUUCAUCUUUGAUUUAGCAGCAAAUGGAAAAGUGAAAAUAUCUAACUUCAGAUGCAUGGCAAAGUGGUUGUGCAGUACUUUUACAUCUCAGCUUUGACAGAGUUGAUAUAUGAUACCAUAUAUCAAAAAUCCCCAUGAAGGCCUCAGUAUACCAGCAGCAAUCUGUUCACUAGGCAGAAUGAAUAAGGACCAGUUAGAAGAAUUAUUUUACUGAAAUACAAACCUGAAAGUUGUGUAAAACUGUUCUUGGAUUGGUUGCAAGUCAUUUAAUGUGAAGAAACCAGGUGGUUUCAUUUGUUGUGUUUUGCACUGACCAGAGAGACACCUCUCUUUUUUCUGCUGAUGGAGACUUCAAAAUGAGCAGAAUUGAUAGUGGAAUGACCCACAGAAGGGAGUGGUCCAUUUUCUCACAGGGAAGAAUGAAAACGUGGAGUGUGUGUGUGUUAAUUGUUGUCUUUAAAAUCUUGGUUAAUUGCCUUGCUCUGUCUGUGUCAGCUCAAAGCUGUGCUUGUUUCCAGGUGCAAACCAGGGGAAUAGGUUUUAGAUUUUAAACUCUGAAACCUAAAUAAGAGAGCUGACACAUCACUACAGUACAGGAAAGGCUUCUGAUGUUGCAUGCUGUCCUACUCUGAAUUCUGGUGGUGCAUUUUAUCCCCUUAACCAAAGGAAAGAAAUAACAUGUGUAAAUAACAAUUAGUAUUUGAUAUUCCAUUCUCCUUGUUUUCGCUUGUAAAAUUUAGGAGGGAGCUGUGGUAUUCCCUGAGCUAGUAACAGAUUGUAAAAGAACAUCUGCACAUCUUUUCUCCAUGUGCCCUAUUUGUUUAAUUGCAACAGAUUUACAUAGAAAGAGUAUGGUACAUCAUAACUAGGCAAUUAUCCAUUCUUCAUCACUUAGUUAUGGUUCUGGUAAUUGAUCAUUUAAGACAUAAGAUAGUCUAACAUUAGGAAAAUUUGAAACUGUUCAAAAAAGAUCAACAAAUUAAUAUUGUGUGAUAUUUGCAUAAUUGGCUGCAAUUAUUUAAUAUUUAAUUGGGUUGAUCAAAUGAGAUUCUGCCUUUCACAUGCUUAUGUUUUACAAACAGUGGUACUUUAAAAUGAUAAUAGUGAAAUCUAAUUUUCAUAUGUUCUUUCUUCUCCUCUUCAUUCUUUUGAUUAUUAUUUUCAGUAUUGAGCAUGUCCUUAAUUUUCAGUUUGGUUAGCAUGAUUCAUGACUAGGAAAAAAGUCUUUCAAACCACAGAAUUUCCAUGAAACUGGCAUUUCAUACAAGCUGUUCUGGUGCCAAGAAUUAUGGCUUCAGCAACUGGCAUUACUUAACCAGAUUGUUAACUGCAGUGAGGCAAAUUCACUGAGAAUUGACAGGGACAGACCCAGGUGAGGCUGCUAAUAAAGGUUCCUAGGGUAGAUAAUCUGUUCAGUCCAUAGCAGUGCAAAGCAAACACGAUUUUUCUGGGCUGUAGAAGGGAAGACUGAUAACACAAAAGCAAGGUAGUGAGAUCUCUCUGCCCAGCCAUUGUUUACACCUGUUCAACUAUCUCAAGCCAAAAUGCAGUUAUCAGCCACUCCUCCUCUUUGUAAGUAACCUCUUGUUCAGGUUUGCCUUUGUUUCAACAUAGAGAUAUCAUAGAUCCUUUCCUUUUUUAUUUUUUACUUAUUUUUUUAUUUUACUUAUUAUUUAUCCUUAGGCAUGAAGAAAUUUGGAAAAAUGAGAUACUUGAAAGUCACUUGGAGUGUAAGUUAUUUGAAAUGUCUGUCUUCCAAGAGGUAGACAGAGAAACAGCUGGGACUGAUCUCAGAGCUGCCUAAUUAGAGGAGGAACCCUCUUGAAUUCAAUGGCCUCUCCAAAACAAUCUGCAUAAUCCCAGCAGAUUCCUGGGUGUGAACUGUCUGUUCACUGUGCCUUGCUAUGGAGUAGAAUGCAGAGGUGUUCAGAGUUGGUGGCACAGCCUGGUAGACUGUGGUACAUUGUAUUUUUCUGCAUGGGAUCCACCCUACUGAGGGUAACUUUUAAUGUUCUUAGUGGCAGGCUGAUAUCCUGAGAGGUGGCAGCUGUAAAUGAUGGCUGAGCAUGCCCUGAGACAGUUGUUGCCCUGUUCCUUGCUGUCUCCCUUUCACCCCUUUUUGCACCCCUUUUUCCCCAGCCUUCUAUUGUUGUCUCAGAUCUAAAAGUGACUAUUUAAGCAAAUUCGCAUUCUUCUUGCUUUUAGCAGUAGUGACAGUUUAAAAAAAGUAGUUUUUUUCAUAUUCCAGGUGUUGAGGGACCAGAAUUGUGCUUUACCACCAGAACAUGGAAUCUCUGAACAGAUUUCCACAGGCUUUGUGACCCUGGAAAAGUUAUCUGAACUCUAAGUACAGAAUAGUAGUACUACCACGUACACCACUUUUAACUCUAACCUAGACUGUUGCUUAAAAACUUCUUCCAUUACAGAUGAAAUUAAGAUUUCCAGAAAAAGCUUUUUAAGCAACAAGAAGUAUGCCACGUGAAGUCCAGUAUUUCAAGAAUUAUAUUAGAAUAGACUAACUUGGUUAUGCAGAGAAAAAUGUUAUUUAAAUGAGAAAUACAUUCAAGGUUUUCUGCAUAAACCAAUAAAUGUGUAAGAAAUGUAAUUCAGAAUAUAAAAAUUAGUGUACAGAAUUAUCUUGACAAGAGAAAUUCACCUCAAACUGGGCUGUCCUAUUAAAAAAGUGAUGCUUGAAGGAAUCAUGACAGCUCUCAAUGUAAAGUCAUUAGCAUGGGACUGUCUUAGAGGUGUACUUGGUCAUGUAGCACUGAGACUUCUUUAACAGUCUUGACCAAAAAUUUGCUGAAUUGCAAUGCUUACCAAUUGGAAGUAUGAAAGAUACUUUUGCUGUAUUUUGUCUCUAUCUUCAAGAUUUGGAAAAGUAAUUCAUAGGUCCUAAAUCACUUAAACUCAAAAACUUCUUAAUAAGUUACUUGUGUUUUUAGCCAUAAGAGCAAAAGAGAAUACUGGCAUUGCAUUGGUGAAAAAUACUGUUGUAGCAGUCCUCUGGUCCCUACCUUGCUUUGAGCAUGAUUCUUACUAGUAGGAAUUCCAGGAUAUUUUCUUUGACUGUGCAAAAUCUGAGUGCCAUCCAUAGUACACUUGGCAAAUACAUCCCCAGCUCCAUAAACAAAACUAACUUGGCCAUUACCUUGAGCUAGAAGAGUCAGGUACAUUAGGACUUAGAAGAUGAGGAGCAAUAAUAAAUUACAAUAGGAAAUAGAUUUGAAAUAAGAUUAGUCAAUAGAUUUGGAAUCAAGUUUUGGAAUUAGCAGCUCAGAUAAACAGAAGUCUCAUUAAUCACACUAGCAAGGUUAACCACACCUAAAUAUACUAAAAAAAUAAUGGUAAUUAUAUUUACCAGUAGUAACAGCAUGGUUCUCUCUGAACGUGAAUUUAUACUCUUUGCUUAUCUUAAAACUUAAUGUUGUGUCUUAUUUUUACCACAAUCCUGCAUUUUCUUGCCAUGCUUUAAAAAGAAAAGUCUCUUAAAUUUCAUGUUCUUGGGAAGAUGUUAAGAAGGAUUUUAAGACCUUGGGUUAAAUUUUUAAAGCCUUUAAAAUAGAUGCUGGGUAAAAUUUAGGUAGAAACAGGGAAGACAACUUUGUGGAAGUAUUUGACUAGUGUUCCAAAUGGUUUAUCAAUACUGGCCAUUUUUGGUUUUUACCAAAGAGGUAUGCAGGGAAUAGUUGAUAAAAUAAGCUUAUUGCUUGGUCUUCUAAGCAAGAGUUGGGGAAGUUUCUAAGAGCUGGUUCUCUUAACACUAACUCUUUACAGUUCUUGAUUUUGUCAGGCUUAGAGCAGUCAUUUCAGGGGGACAUGGAGGAGCUCAGAAGCUUAUCUCAGGUGGUACUGUCUUGCAGAAGCAGAUUUUUUUUCAUUUUAUGAUCAAAGUGAUCGAGGUAUGAACAUGGAAUCUUUUAAACUUUGCACCUUUUUUGUAAAAAUUUUGUUUUUCAUUUUAGAGUUCUGAUACAGUGUUGCUGAACUAUUGUCUUACACUAUCAUAGUGCAGUAACUUACAGGAAGAAAGCAAACAUUCUUACUCUUUAUGUAAUCACCUUCUUUCUGUAUGCCAAAUCCCCUGCUCACUACAAUUUGGUCACCAUGGGAAUCGAGUGGAAUAAUUGCACCCAAAACUAAGAACUUAAUGCUGGCAGCAAAUGCCAGAGCAGUAAGUGAAGAGUCUGCUGUGUCCAAAACAGGCAUGCCAGGAGCAAGAGUGACAAUACCCAUCAGGUCAGUGAGGGCAGAACAUCUUCACCAUCCUCGUUCAGUGCAGCUGAGAGAUGACCCAGGUGCACCAGAAUCUAGCAGGAUCAGAGACUGAUGUCGAUAUUUAAGAAUGCUCUUACUCAGUUGCUUAAAUACCUACAUCUGUGCCUACAUUUUCCACUUGGGCCCCUGUGUCUUAACUGCAACCUACUUUUAUAUGUUGUAAAACUGGAAUAUUUGGUCAAACAGGUAAUGCUCCAUACCAUCUAACAGGUCAGUGAUGUAUUCCCUUCCUGUAGUUUGUAUUAAGCCCAGUGAUUGACUAGAAGGAGACAAGCAGGUAGGAGACAAACACAUCAUUAACACUGUUUCACAGUCAAGGAUGUUCACAAAGAGUGGAACUAUUCCUUUCAUCUCCUGGGGAAAUGGCUUGGGCUCACCUUGGCCACUGAGUGACAAAAUGUGAAAGGUUCUUUGCCAUAAUGGAGACAAGUAAGAGUUUUAUCUGAAGCUAUUUACAAACAAUUUCUGUUGGAAAGCUGGAAGUCCUGAUCUACUUGACCUUUGAGGCAUUUAGAAGGGUGCAGUAGUAGUUACUGAAAUUGUAGCACGUAAGUGGUGGGAAAUUAGCAACUUAGAGAGGGAGAAGUAAACACCUCUGAAGGGUCUCUGUUUGCUCAAAUGUUGAAAGUUAACUGGGUAUUUUACAAGAAUGUGAAGCAUAUAAAAGCAGUAAAGGACAGAUGUGUGAAAAAGUACUGGAUAAACUAAAGGAAACUCUACCUCAUUCUUCUCUAAAGGUUUUGUAGAAGCACAAUUAAGUGCUCCUAAUGGCAUUGUUACGUACUGACCAUCUGGCAUGAAAGAAGCACUAUAUUUGUAUGUCUAUAAAUCCUCUAAGAACUGUAUUUUGCUGGCAGUAGAAACAGUCUACACUAUUUGCAGUUUUCCUCAUCAAAUCUGUAAUUAAGCAAUGUUUCUGUCUCCAAUAAAGGAAUUUAAUUGGCACCUGUUUGUGGCAUGUUAUGAAAUCACCGGUGUUGAGUACAGCUACCUAAGCGUAAUUAUCCCAUAGAUGGGAGCUGCUAUGAAAUAAAGUCUUGAAGGCUGGAUUAAAAUUUAAAAAAAAACCCAAAAAAACAAAAAACCAAAAAAACCUCCUGAAUGAAGUGUGGCAUGUAAGAACAGCAAAGCAAGGCUCAAGUGGCAGACAUACACCUCCCCUGCCAAGCCUGGAGGCUGAGCCAGUUAUCUCACUUACAGUAAAAUGCUGGACAAAUUAAGCAGCAAAAGUACCUACCUGCUAACCAUGUAGUCAUGAAACAGUUUUUAAUGUGCCAGGACUGCGUAGCAGAGAUUGAAUACAGCUCCCAUUCUGAGGGUUUGAGGGUGAUGAAGUCAGAGGAGAGAAUGCCAGAAAACAGCUUUGUACUUGGAGCACUUACUUCACAGGGCAUUUUUGAACAGUCAUUACUCCGAAGUAUGUCAGCCAGUGGGAAGCCUUUUGAAGAUGGAAAGUACUGAAAGUGAAGUGUCAUUAAAAUCUUGACAUUUGCCAUGUGUGGUGGCUAUAUUUACAAAAAUCUUUACGUAUUCUCCCUUUCCAGUGCAAGGGAAUACUGUGAUUAAAGGUAGUACUGAUCCAUGCUGUGGUAAAGUAAACAUCAGGAUACAUUUUCCACCUGGUUUGGUUCUUGGUGACUUCAGAGAAAGCUGGCAUGGAUACAGGACACUUUAAAGAAGCUGUAGAUAGGUAAGUACUAAGAGCUAUAAAUUACUGCUAGGAGAAUGAACCUAACACAUCAGAAUUGCACUUUUUUCCUGUGUCUUGGCCUCUCCUCUUUCAUCCUAAGGGAACAUUUCUUAACUGUAAGUCUAGCUCGAGCUCCAGCUUUCA